UUGUUUACAUUCGCGUCUUUGUUCCGACAAAAUGUCAAAGAAACGCUCGAAAGGCUCCGAGAUCCGGAACCCGAGGAACCCGAGGACCCCGAGGACCCCGAGGAGCCUGAGGACCGAGGUGCAGCAGCAGCUGGCCGCGGCCGUGGAGCACAUCCUCCGGCUGCUGAGGGAGCGAGGAGCCGCCGACCCGGAGCCGCUGGAGGAGCUGGAGGAGCUGGUCCGGGUCCGGGUCCAAGCGGCCGUGGAGCGGAUCUGCUCCGCCUGGAGAGCCGAGAGGGCCGGGAGGGACCCGGAGGGACCCGGGGCCGGUCCGGAGGGACCCGGGGCCGGUCCAAAGGGACCCGGGGCCGGUCCGGAGGGACCCGGGGCCGGUCCGGAGCCCGGGGCCGGGUUCAGAGCCUCCAGGGCCGGGAGGGACCCGGAGGGACCCGGGGCCGGUCCCGGUCCGGAGCCCGGGGCCGGGUUGAGAGCCUCCAGGGCCGGGAGGGACCCGGAGGGACCCGGGGAGGAGCCGCAGAGACCCGAGGCCGAUCCGGAACCCGGACCCGCAGCAGAGUGGACAGAGCUGUGUCUGUCCCUCGGUGUCCAGAGUCUCUCGGAUGAAAGACCAGGACUGAAGGAGCCUCGGCCCAGCACCUCGUCCAGACCUGAGCCCGUCUCCGGACCUGCACCCCCCCCGGUCUCACAGGAGGACCUGGCUGGUGAAGAGGAGGAAGAGGAGGAAGAGGAGGAGGAGAGCACGUGUCACUGCUGCCGAGUGUGUGGGAAGUCCUUCGAUCGGAAAGGCUUCCUGAUGAAGCACGUGGAGAAGCACCUGCAGGAGUCUGAGUGUCUCUGUGGUCUCUGUGGAGAGCUUCUGGACUCCGGACCCGGGCUGAAGCUCCACCUCCAGACUCACCGCGACCGCAGCCGGACCUGCGGCGUCUGCGGGAAGAAGUUCCCCUCGAUCCGAGCGCAGGAGACGCACCUGAGGCUGCACACGGGAGAGAAGCCGUUCAGCUGCCAGGUCUGUGGCCGAGGCUUCAACCAGAAGGGAAACAUGGUGACGCACACGCGGACGCACACGGCGGAGAAGCCCUUCAGCUGCACGGCGUGCCACAGAGACUUCAGCCACGCCGCCUCGCUGGAGCGACACAUGAAGACACACGAUGGACAGCUGACCUUCAGCUGCAAGAUCUGCAGGGAAGCGUUUGAUAAGAACACUGAGUUGAGGCGUCACAUCCGGAGCCAUCAGUCCGAAGAGCGUUCUGCCACGAGGAGCGGACGCAGGAAACCCAGUCCCCCCCGCUCGCUCUGCUGCGCUGUCUGUGGCGACGCCUUUCACAAUAAAGGUCACUUUGUGCAGCACGCUGAGACUCAUGUGACCAGUCCUGACUGUCGCUGUGGCGUCUGCGGCGAGCAGGCCGAGUCUUCAGAGCGUCUGCAGAUCCACAUCCAGAGCCACCGAGAAACCAGCAACAUCUGCGACAUCUGUGGCCUGAGCUUCAGGGACAUGGAGGUCCACAUGAAGCUGCACGCCGGCGAGAGGCCGUUCAUCUGCGAGUUCUGUGGGAAGACGUUCAUUGAAAACACGGUUUUGAAGAGACACAUCAAGAGCCACACGGGCGGGAAGCCACGGAUCUACUCCUGUGACGUCUGCAGCAAGAAGUUCACCAUGAGCCAACAUCUAGACGUGCACAAGAGGAUCCACACCGGGGAGAAGCCCUACACCUGCAGGGUCUGCGGGAAGAACUUCCGUCAGAUCGGCAACCUGGACUCCCACUCCAGGAUUCACACGGGUGAGAAGCCCUUCAUCUGCAGCCUCUGUGGGAAGAGGUUCCGCCAGAAGAUCUCGCUGGAGACGCACGAGAGGUUCCACAAGAAGGAGAAGCCCUUCAGCUGUCAGCUCUGCAGCAAAGGCUUCGUCCAGAAGAUCGACCUGAAGAGACACAUGCUGACCCACACCGGGGAGAAGCCCUACAGCUGCACCGUCUGUGGGAAGAGCUACCAGGAGAAGCGCUCUGUGGACACGCACAUGAAGGUUCACACCGGAGAGCGGGCCUUCAAAGAUUCACCUGGGACCCAGAGCCUGAAGCCACAGGAAGGAGCUCAGGUGGACUUCAUCCAGCUGUGAAGAGCCUGAAGCCACAGGAAGGAGCUCAGGUGGACUUCAUCCAGCUGUGAAGAGCCUGAAGGCCACGCCAGCAACAUCCCAUCAGCCACUGGGACGGCUCGGUGCAGGGGGGGGGGCAAAAGUUCUGCACACAAAUGCAAUGUGAAUGUAAAAAUGUUCUGUAAAGUGCUUGGAGACCAUCUACUCAUCUUUAAACGUCUUCUUCCACUAAAUUAGUCCCAGAAGCUGAAUUUACUCUGAAUUAACAAUUUCUGUCUAAUUCUGAACGUUGGUUCCUGGUCUGUUUCACAGCAGGAAUAGGGGUCAGAACCAGGGUCAGAACCAGGGAACAGAACCAGGGAACAGAACCAGGGUCAGAACCAGGGAACAGAACCAGGGACCAGAACCAGGGAACAGAACCAGGGAACAGAACCAGGGUCAGAACCAGGGAACAGAACCAGGGAACAGAACCAGUGUCAGAAUCAUGUGACUGGAGAAACCUCUGGCAAACGCUUUGGAGUUCAAUGGUUUCAUGGUUCUUCAGAAUCUCCAGUUUAGUUCCUGUGGUUCUGUAAAUCUAAUUUCUACUGAGAGAACAAUCAAUCAAACAUUCGGUGUAAUAUACAGUUUCUGGGCUUCUUGUAUCUGUAAGGACCUGAAGGGGCCAGUAGGGGGCCUCAGAGCAUCACAGAGUGGAGGGAACUGGAAGGUUUAACCUCUCAGGUGAAGUUAAAGGUUCGACUGAAGAUGAACUGAUGAAUAUUACAUCCCAAGUAAAUCCUGGAAUGUCAAUAAAGAUGGAGGAAACGAAAGCCCCCCCCCUCCUGGUGUCUGGAGGCCAUCACCCUCCUCCUCCAUGUUAGCAGAUGGGACACGGACCAAACUCAAAUAUCUAAGUAGACGUUAAAUAAAUGUUUGUCAAAGAUGUUUCUGUCAUUUCAGGUCGUUCUUAUCUCACUGAUGUUUGUUCAAGUGUUUCUGAUCCGUUUGGUUUUAGUUCUUUAUUUGAUAAUAAUUCAAUCUAUAAAACUCCUUUGUAGAAACCAGAGGACGCUUUACAUUUGUCGAUGGGAACAAAAGGGAAAAGAAAGUGAUUAAUCACAUAAACAUAAACAGCAGUAAAGGCCGAGUGGAGCGUGACCUGAGACCAGAGGCUCAGUCUGUAGUGAACAGCGUUCUACAGGGAGGGACAGAGGACACAGUUUCACCUGUAAUGGAGUAUUUCUACUUUACUGUCCUGGUACUUUCACUUGUACUGGAGUAUUUCUACUCUACUGUCUUGGUACUUUAUCUUCAGUAAAUGAUCUGACUUCUUCUUCCACCA